AUGCUGUCCCUCGUGCUCACCAUUCUCUUUGUACACAUUGCGAUUUACCUCGUCAACACUAUCGGCGCGUCUACAAUAGACAAUCUGCUAUGGCAUCUUUACCUGAAACUCCCGACCUCAACCUCCAAAAAUGCCCGUGAUCAACAGCGCAUGAAAAGCGAAGUGGUUCAGCUCAAGCGCGAGAUGAACAACACGAGCUCACAAGACGAGUUUGCGAAGUGGGCGAAGCUGCGCCGGCGGCACGAUAAAGCCCUAGAAGACUACGAAGCAAUGAACAAAACCAUUUCUGCCCAGAAAACCUCGUUCGACUGGAGUGUCAAGAGCGCCCGCUGGCUCAGCACCAACGGCCUGAAGAUCUUCCUGCAGUUCUGGUACUCGAAGACGCCUGUUUUCGCACUCCCAGCUGGCUGGUUUCCAUACUACGUUGAAUGGGUGCUCUCGUUUCCUCGCGCGCCACUAGGCGCAGUGAGCAUUCAGGUUUGGAGCAACGUGUGCGCGACUGCGAUCGCGCUGAUUGGUGAUAUCUUGGGGUCGCUACUAGUGCUGGCUUCCAGCCAGAAGACGGCACCAGCCUCAGGCACGGAAGCCAAGAAGACACAGUAA